AUUAAAUGCGAUAGAAAAUCACCUUGUACAAAUUGUACACAUUUAGGUGAGCAAUGCAUUCAUAAAAACUUGGAUAAUAGGAAAAAGCGACAUCCCCACAGCUAUGUUCAGGCACUAGAGAGUCAGCUGGCAACAAUGGAGUCAUUUCUUAUGAAACUUAAGGAUUCUCCUACAAAUGAACGGCUGAAGAUGCUAGAGUCGGUCACGUUUGCAGAUCACCUUAGCUUUAAUGGGCGUGAAAAUAAUACUUCCGAUUUGCCAAAGGAAGAUUCAAUUGAUUUCCCUAUAUCUUUAGAUAUUCGAGGUCCAAACACCAUAACUUUCUAUGGACCUACCAAUAUUUAUGGCUCUUCCUUACGCCCUUCUUCCGUCGAUGCACCAUUUCAUGUAAAACAACAUCCUAUGUUUUCUCCGGCUAUUACAUAUUGUCUGAAGUUAUUUUUCAAAUGGCAGUACACACAAUUUAUGUAUAUUAAUAGGGAAGCUUUUCUCUUGGAUUAUUAUCAUCAUUAUCACGAUGGUAGAUACUGUUCAGAACAUCUGCUAUACGCAAUGUGCGCGUUGGGGAGUCGAAUGGCUCCCGAAGCAGAGGUCGUUAAUUCCUCUGACAAAUAUUAUAGAUUAUCUUGGGAUACUUUAAUGGAAUACGGUUUAGGAAGACCCCAUAUCACUUCAGUCCAAUGUUUGCUAUGUUUAGGAUUUUACGAUAUAGGUAUGGGAAAUAACUCCCUUGGAUGGCUAUUAUCAGGUUUAGCUUUUCGUAUGGGACAGGAUUUAGGAUUUCAAUUGGAUCCAAGAAAAUGGUUCAUGAAUGAAAUACCUGUUAUUUCUGCUGAAGAUGCUGCCGUAAGGAGCAGAAUAUAUUGGGGGAGCUAUGUUGCAGAUGUGUUCAUAAGCUUUAUUCUGGGGAGACCAACCACAUUAAAGAAAUCUGAUACUAGCAUUCCAGGAUCCGUUAAUUUACCUGACUUUGACGGGAUAGAUGAGUUUAAGUGUGAUUUAGGACCAGCUGCAAAACCCGCAACUCUUUUUGUUAUGCUUCUUUUAUUAGUAGAUCUUAGUCAUAUCGCUGAUGCUAUUUUGUUUGACGUCUUUUCCCCAAGUGAUUUUCCAUAUGGUAUUAAUGCCAGACUUCAAAACUUAGGAAAGUAUAAUUUAGAAUUGAUGAAGUGGUAUUUAAAACUCCCAGAUGAUGUUCGCUGGAAGAAGAGUGAUCUGAAAAUUCAUGGUCAAAAUCCCGAUAUGCUUGCGGUCUGUCUUUACUAUUAUCUCAUCCGGAUUUGUCUGAACCGUCCAUUUCUAGCAAGAAAAGAAAUAACAUCUAAUGAUAUGACUUCAAAGGUAAUUUGUUUGGAUUCUAUCGAAGAUAUUAGCCAGCUUCUUAAAUCUUAUCGUGAUGCGUUUGGCUUCGAAUCAGCAUCUUUGUUUAUGGUGUAUGCCGCUAUAGUAAGCUGCAGCGUACUUAUUAUGUUAAAGAAUUCUUCAAUUAUAUCUGAACGCUUAGAUAUUGAAGAAAAACUGAGAUUCUUCAUAAUGGUCUUGCAAAAAUCGUCGAAGUCCUGGAAGUUAGCCGCCAAAUCCCUCACGUUGAUUGAAACUAGUUUGAAAGACGAAAGUAAUCCUACAGCUGAUGAAAGCUCCGCACUUCCUAAUUUGAAUUCAAGAAUUGUUCCGGAAGAAUUUCCCAUAUUUAACUAUCUUGAUGAGACAAUUAAGAGUGAGUUUAUUGAUGAUCAGUCAAACCUUGCUAUCGAUAACGAAGAAUAUCGAUCUUUUUUUGGGGGACCUCCAGUUUUUAUGACAUCUGCAUCUCAUAACAAUCUGUGGAAGGAUACCAACAUUCCUUUUUAA